GAGCCAUUCAGAGGCAGUUGCCAGCAAUGUACAGAGUAUGGUUCAGUCAUUGCUAAGCAACAACACUUUCUUUGAUGCCAGGGUUGGAAAGAACCUAAAUGUGACCUUGGAAACAAUACAGGAGGUGCUGCAGUCAGGACGGCAGGUGGCCUGUUCCAGCCUCACUGCUCUGUGGGCUGACCUCUUUACCCAGGUAACCCUUGUGCAGGAAGACUGGCCUGCUUUGUUAUGCAACCAGAAUCAGUCCUUCCUGCUCAUAAGGCUUCAGAAAACAGUGGACCCACUCAUCACUAAAGUGUACAUGCUGAUUGACAUGAUUAAUGGAACUCAUGCACGUGAGGUGACUGCUCCCCAGAUCCUCUCUGCAUGGGAAACUCUGGAAACAUCCUAUCUGAAGUGCAUUGAGGUCAUUGGCAGGGUCACUCAGAUCCUGGGCUCGGAGUACUGGCGAGCCUGGGCUAGAAACACCAGCGCCAUAACCGCCAACUGGACUGCAAUCCUGCGGGAGAGGACACUGGAAGCAGUUGAGCAGCUGGGUUCUGAACUUCAGGCCAGCGUUCUGUGGCCCACAGUGAAACCAUACUUUGACACAGCGUACUGGAUUAUGGCUUACUCCAGUCAGCAGAACACCACUGCGCCGCCCAACUGUACUUUCAUCAAUUCAACCAUGUCCCUGGAUUGCAGCUCUGUGUUCAGCUGGAAGCAGUUUGUCCUAUUGACUGUGGAACUCUCUGAAGAAGUGGCUAAAGAUCAGACAUCUCUGCUGAGGAUACUUCAGGCAAGAAUAUUAUUUGUUCAGGACAGUUUCCGGAGUCAUGCGGCUGAGUUGCUAAGGCAGUAUUUGACCAAGCAAGCGAAUAACCAGCCCCUUAGGGAUGAAGUCCUCAAAGAGCUAAUGGGGAUGAUUGUUCAGCUGGGGGAAUCUAGCAUUGAGUUACUGGUCAACGCAACUUCACUGGAUCAUCUCAACAGCACAAUGUUGUUAAACAGCGUGCUGGAGACCUUCCACUUGCUGCCUUUGGAGGCCAUAUGGAAGGAAGUGGGUUCCAGUAGCACAGACAAUGUCAGCAGUGUUUUACAGGCAGUGGAAAACAACCAGAAGUUGUUGGCAGCUUUAAACAUGGGUCCCAUAAAUGGUACUAACCCCUCAAUCCACGAGCUGGAUUCGUGGAUUGAAAAGUGGCUGUCAGUGGGCAGCGGUCUCCGGCCGCUAACGUUCAGCAUUGCAGAAACCCUCAUCAUGUUCUCCUUGAAUCAAUCUGAACUGACCUUCUUCAAAGAAAUGCUGCAGCCCUUGUUGCAAGCUAACCUAAAUGGGUCUCAUGCCACUCCGCUUGUGCUGCAGAUUCUUGGGGUAUUCGAUCAAGCGGCCCAAUCCCGGGACGAGCCUCUGGUGCUACUGAACGGGUAUCUCAAGCAACUUCAAAAUUUCCUCAACUCUGACUUGAAACCAGAGACUCUUCUGCUAAUACAGAACCCUUACAUCCAAGCUAACAGCAGCUUCUCCCUGCUGCUCAAUUAUGACCAACAUCAAGUCGCCCUAGACAUGCUCCCUUUCCUCUCCCCUGCUGCUUUGCUGAAAUGGGUCUCUCUCGGUGCCGAUGCACCCUUGACAGUGCUGCAGCAAUUUGUUCUAGUCCUACCUGACAGCCAACAAGUGGAAUUAGGAAACACAGUCAACAGCACAGCAAGGCUAUUUGAGGCAGUGAACUUGUGCAGAAUGACUUAUUUCAACUGCACAGCUGUCAUUUACGAAACUUGGAACGUGGUUAUGCAGGCUGCAGAAGCUUUACAUGACAUCAAUAAUGACAGUUUAUCCAUUCUGGUUGGACUAGCCUCCCAUUUCAACAAUUCCAAAUUGAGUUUAAAGCUGCAGGAAAACACAUCCCUUGUUUUGACCACUGAUCUGAUUUCCAUGCUCAUUCCUCUGGGAGCAACAACAAACAGUUCUGUUCCAGCAUCUGCUGUGUACCUAACAGUAACUCAAACACUCGCCUUCCUUAAACAGGUUGUGUCAACCCCAGAUUUCAAUAUGAUCACUCUUCAGGAGGCACUGGAAACCUCAAACCUCAACAUAACUGAACUCAACAGUGUUCUCCAUGCAGCAGGUGCGCCCAGUGCAUCAGAGCUGGUUUUAGAAAUUAGCAGCAUUGUUGGCAUUCAAGAGUGCUAUAAUGUAAGACCAAAUGACUCUUUGUCCUGUACUUUGGAGCUUACAAACAAGCUGAUGGAUUUGCUUCAGCGAGUAGACUUACCAAAGGAAAUCAAAGGCAGGAUUUCAGCUGUGAAAUCCAUAUUGCAGUACUGGAUGGAAGAAUUAAACGAGAAGGGCAGUUUGCUCAGACAGCUGGAAGGCCUUUAUGAUUUUACGUCGGUGUCCUUGCAAGAUGGAUCUCUGGUUAACGGGAUCAGAACAACAGUGACCUUGAUUUCCGAUACCCUGAUGAAAAUACAAUCCAGCAUGGGACAACUUAGCAUUGAAUCCCCAGAGCAGUUUGACACUGGAGUUAAGAUAUUGGAUGAGUUCAUUCAAAUGUUUGUAAAUGGAACCAAUCCCUACAGUAUGACCACCAAGACCGCCAUUAACAGUCUGCGAUUGGAAGACAUCAGACUAUACCUGGAAAUAACAGAAUGGUACCUCAGCAAGCUGGAAAACGUAACCCUCCAAAACAACAUUUCAGGGAGUCUGUAUCCACUUUUUAGAAUUACUGAAAUGGCUUUAGCAAACGCUGUAUCUGGUAUUCAGUUGUCUUAUAGCCUGCUUUCUAUGGUGAACAUGACCAUUCUUCCUUUUGAUGUGUCAGAUCUGAGAAAGGUCCUACAGUUCUUUACCCAGACCAUCAUGCCAAAUGUGAAGAUAUUCAUGGACCUGCUCUUAAGUACUUUGCCUCAAAACAGCACAGACCCAUUCUUAAAAGAACAAUUCAGACAAUACUAUACACAACUGCUAGACCUUGCUUCAGCCUUGCUGAAACCUUUAGCUCCGGUCAACAUCUCCACUGCCUCAGUUUCUAUUGAGGACAUUGUCACCCUACUAGAAAUCAUGAGUAAAAACAAUUCUGAAUAUAACAUGGAUCCACACUUCCGUCUACUGUCAAAGGAUAUUGAAACGGCAUUGAACGUGUCUAAAUUAUUACAGGAAGGGAUACAAGUCCUCGCCACACUGGAGUCAGAAGGGGCUGCCAACCAGACUCUGUUCAAUCUGUCAAGCCAGGUGAUAACAUUUGACAAGUUAAUUGAUUAUAUACAGCCUCUCCUACCUGCUGAAAAACACCCAUACGUUGACAUGGCUAUCCGUGUUUUUGAAAUGCUUUGGGACUCUGUGAUUGUAGCCACCAAACCGGGAGAGCGCAACGCUGAAGACAUCCCAAGCUUGCUUUUAGAUGUAGCAAAGCUCCUUCUGAACAGCACGGCUCCCCUUGCAGAGCAGCUAUCUGAAGCCGUGGUCACUGACUUGUUUACUGUGCUGCAAGGCUCCAUGCAGCUGGCCCUCUCCUCCAGUGAGUCAGGCUUCCCCAAGGACAGGAACCUCACCACUGAAGUGAUUGGAAGACUCCAGAACCUUGUGAGAGCACUCUUCCCACAGCCUGCUGCUUCCAUUAUAAUACCCGUGUCAGAAGUGGUGAAAAUAUACUUUGAGACCAUCUCCCAAGAUGAUGGCCUUGACACUUGGAGUCAGAUUAUUGAGCAAGAAUUGCAUUCCUUUUUGCCAGAUGACAGUAACUGGAAUGACUACAUCAGUCUGCUUCUGAAUAUCUCAGCACUGCUGUCCCAACAAAGCCAAGAGAAUACCACGAGUCUGGGAAUCGCUGGCUAUCUCCUGGAGAGGAUCCUUGGUAGUGAAGGAAUAUCAGGCAACACAUCACUUAUCGAGGUUCUCUUUGAGCAGAUGUUGGCAGGCUGGGGGGAUGCCUCUCAUAAGAGUCCCAGCCCCCUGCUACAGACUCCGCUCCACGCUCUCGCUUCACUCUUUGCUGAUGUGGAGCAUGCUAUGGGACUGCUUAACAUCACAGAAGCUUGGGCUGAGAGAAUUCUCCCGGCUCUCAUCCAGCUAGCGAGUGGAGCCGCAGAGGAGGAUCUCGGGAAAUUGACGUCUGCUAUCCUGGAGGCAGUGUUAUCUUCGUUAAAGGAGACUCCAGCCUGGGAACCAAUGCAGGACAUUCUGUCCUUAGAACAAGCCCUCUCCAUUGUGGUUGUCCAGUCUCUCAAAGUGGAAACAGAACUCUGUAUGUAUGUGAAAGUGUUGCUGGGUAAUCUCAUCACCAGCCUUAAACGAGUCAUACAGGACAGUGGUGGCAAUUUGACUGAAUCCAUUCGACCCAUCCUACAUGCAGUGUCCCAAACCGCCAGCAUCAUUAGGGAGGAUCUGCUGUCAGGAAGAACUGUCAGCUGUGGAGACAUAAGCAGGACAUGGUCUGAUAUUAUGCAUGAUGAACUUGAACUCAACCAGACCUGGAUGGAGGAGUUCUGCAUCCAGACCUGCUUCCCGGAUGACUUGAACUCUACAGCAGGCAUUCUCAGGCAGCUUAUAAACACAACCGUCAGUGGUUUGGGAAAGGAGGACAUCAUCGACGGGAACGAGUUAACGAACGACCUGGAUACCCUUUACCAAGCAGCUCUGGGUUACUAUGAGAGCCUGAGGCACUUCUAUACAGAGAUCUCAGCAGUCAUAAUCAACAGCAGCCCUUCAGAGGACUCCAGCAUUCCUGCUCUCAUCGAUGACCUCUCUGCUCAACACAUAGUUUUGGGUGUCUCAGCUGCUCUCAACCCUUUUUUGCAGCAGGCCAGCAUGCUACCAGGGCUGAAGCAGCACAUCGAAGCAGCCUACUGGAUAUUGAAUUACACAGUGCAAAACAACUACACCGGGCAAGACAACUGUGACAACUCGUCCAUGAGCUGUAAGGGCACAGAUGAACUUGAGAUGCAUUUGGAGAAGAUGAUUGGAUUUCUGUUAGCUGUCACCAAGGAUCCAGUCCUUGCUGGCAGGGUUCUCCAGUUGCUGGCUAACACUGCAGAGCUGGUGCCACCAGAGCUUCCCUAUGCACAGCAGUUCAAGAACCUCAUGAUAAAGCUAGCUAAAGAGGCCCAAGAAGAAUUCCAUGUGCUGUCGGAAUUAAGCCAGGUUCUGCACACGAUGUUCACGACAAAUUGGGCGGCAGACAACGUCACAGUGGCUCUUGAAAACCUGAAAAUCAAGAAGGCUCAGAUGAAUACUGUGACUGGCAUUGUGUGCGAGUUGGAGAAGUUGAGCUCUGUGCAGGCUCUGUAUGAUCUGGUGCCCAUGAAUUCGGGGAUAAUGUGCCAGACUGUUUCUCCAGCCAUCCAGGCUGUUUUCUCGCUCUCCUACAGCACUCUGAACUGGAAGAGAAACCUCACCUUCAGCCCGAACACUCUGCUGGACAAUCUGUACAACUUGGCAGUCGGAGACCCCAGCAACUACAACGUGAACGCAAACUGGUCGUCUGCACUUGUGGGCAGCACGUUAAAUUUCAACACCAGUGCUUUCAACUUCCUGAACAUUACUAACACUACUGCAGCUCCUACAAAAGUGUCUGACCUGAUUCUUAACCCAGCAGCCUUCAUGUCAAAGAUUCACAAACGAACAGGAAUGCCAACGGAUGCCAUAGAUGCUCUGAUGCAGACAGUUGUUCCUGACAAUUUUUUACAGUUGCUUGCUUGGCUGAUGGAUCUGAGGCACUGCGACUCCCCAGAGAAGCUCAAUCUGACCCAGUCAGGGGAGCUGGUGUAUCGGACAUUCUGCAAGCUGGGUCCUUUGGAGCGGUACAGCUUCACGCUCAUAGUCCUUGAGCACCUGGAUUUACUUGAGUUCAUUUACAAGAUUAUACUGACCUCGGACAUGCAGAACCUCAUUGAAGCGCUGAUGCGGCUCUUCCACUUUAUAAUGGAAAAGUUUCAGAAGCUGGCCCCAGCCAUCAAGCUGUUGAUCAGCUACCUGCAACAGAUCCAGAGGCUCAACCUGGUCGUGAACUCGGAAUUCAAAGAAUUGGUUGCUGGGAAUAGGGCCACAAUGUCGAGCAAGGCCACGUUCAACACGCUUGCCGGUGCCAUGUGUUACAGGGGAUUCUUCUCCCUUUUCACAGUCUCGCAGGUCCCCAAUUUCAUGGACUCUAACCCCUCAACCCAGGGACGUCUUAAGGUGGACGAGAUCAUUAAGAAAUUUGACAUCCCCAGGAACGCAACACCCUUCUGCCUCGCAUUGUACCUGGACAUGGUGAACACCACUGGUGGAGCUGUGGCCUGGGUGUUCAUCAAGCCCAUGCUGCUGGGCAAGAUCCUGUACACCCCAGACACGCCCGAGACCAGGGCCAUCAUGGAGAAGUCUAACGUCAAAUUGCAGCAGCUGGGCGAACUUAAAAUGUAUGCCCAGGACUGGAUAGAUGCCACCAAAUUAAUCUUUGAAUAUGCCCAGAUGCUUGAAAAGAUUCUUCCACUACUUCUGCGCUCCCUACAAAACCCUUUUGUACAGCAUUUCGUUAAGUUACAAACAAACAUCAACAUGAACGACAUCUUAAACAUGCUCCAAACGUACUCAAACUUGACUAAAAUGUUGGAAGAGAACCAGAAAGUGAUGGACCAGCUGACAGUCCUCUCCCAGCUGAUGCUCAACCUGUCCUCCUGUGUGAAUUUCAACCGCAAUCAGCCGGUCAGCAGCAUAGCGGAGAUGAACGCCAUGGCCAAAGAGCUCCUCAAGACCAAGGAGCUGUACGCUAGUAUCAUUUUUAAAAUGCCUCCAAAAAGCAGUCGUCGAAAGAGGUCAGCUGGUGCUGGCAUCUCCCUGCCCGCUGAGAUGAGAUACACCAUACGCAUGGCUGUGCAGAACUCCAUGAGAACUGACAGAAUAAGAAACCCUUUCUGGACACCCGGAUCCUACGUCUCAUCCAACAAAAACCAGCGAUACAACCGUGGCUUUAUCAACCUGCAGGAGAGCAUCGACAGGGCCAUCAUUGACAUCCAAGCAGGCAGGAAGGUUGAGGAGCCAGCCGUCCAGCUACAGGCCUUCCCCUACCCCUGCUACUUCAGAGACAAUUUCCUCAACAGCAUGUCGAACAGCUUCCCGCUCGCACUCAUGGUUGCUUGGGUCCUUUUCAUCGCUGCGUUUGUCAAAAAGCUGGUUCACGAGAGAGAGCUGAGACUUCACGAGUACAUGAAGAUGAUGGGAGUGAACCCCAGCAGCCACUUCUGUGCCUGGUUCAUAGAGAGUGCCUGCUUCCUCCUCGUCACCAUCAUCAUCAUGACCAUCAUCCUGAAGGCGGGUAAGAUCUUCCCCAACAGCAACGGCUUCAUCAUUUUUCUGUUCCUGUGCGACUACGGCUUCUCCAUCCUGGCCAUGAGCUUCCUCAUCAGCGCCUUCUUCGACCGCACCAAUGUGGCCGGCCUCAGCGGCAGCCUUAUCUACAUCAUCUGCUUCUUCCCAUUCAUUGUCGUGGUGACCAUCGAGUCCAGCCUCACCUUCUCAACCAAGAGCCUCCUGUGCCUGUUUGCCCCAACUUGUUUCAGUUAUGCAGGUCAAUACAUUGGUCGCUAUGAAGGGCAGAACAUAGGAAUCCAGUGGGAUAACUCCUACAUCUCCCCAUUGUCUAAUGAUACCACCUCCUUCGGCUGGCUCUGCUGGCUGCUAUUCAUCGACUCCCUUGUCUAUUUCACCGUCGGCUGGUAUAUCCGGAAUGUCUUUCCAGGGAAGUAUGGCAUUGCCUCCCCGUGGUAUUUCCCGGUCCUGCCCUCAUUCUGGGCAGAGUGCUGUGGCUUUAACACAUGCAGAAAAGACAGUGGAAGAGGGCUCCUGUUCACCAACAUCAUGCUGCAGAGCGGGAACAUCGAUCACAAGAACAAAGGUGACGAGGGGUUUACCUCCAAGGGGGAGACUGAGCUGGAAGGCCUGCCCGUGGGCGUAUCUCUCCACGGCCUCACCAAGCUCUUUGGCCAAACUGUUGCCAUCCAGAAUCUCAACCUCAACUUCUACGAGGGCCAUGUGACCACACUGCUGGGGCACAACGGAGCGGGCAAGACCACCACCAUGUCCCUGCUGACUGGGCUGUAUAGCCCCUCGUCCGGCUCCGUCCUGGUGUAUGGGAAGGACAUGCAGACGCACAUGGAUGCUGUGCGCAGAGACAUGGGGGUGUGUAUGCAGUACGACGUCCUCUUCGAGCACCUCACUGUCAGAGAGCACCUCUUGCUGUACGGACAGAUCAAGAGCCCUGGCUGGAACAAGCAUGAACUGAACCAGCAAGUGCGCAACACCCUGAAGGAGACUGGCAUGUACGCCCAUCGGCACAAGCGCGUGGACACGCUCUCGGGUGGGAUGAAGAGGAAGCUCUCCAUCUCCAUCGCGUUCAUCGGUGGCUCUAAGACGGUGGUCUUGGAUGAGCCCACCACUGGCGUGGACCCCUGCUCCCGGAGGAGCAUCUGGGACAUCGUCAUCAGACACAAGACAGGGCGCACCAUCAUCCUGUCCACUCACCACCUGGAUGAGGCAGAGGUCCUGAGUGACCGCAUUGCCUUCCUGGAGCACGGGGGGCUCAAGUGCUGCGGAUCCCCCUUUUACCUGAAGGAGAAGCUGGGCCAGGGCUACAACCUGAUCCUUACCAGGAGGAUGCCGCCCCCUGGCUCAGAAGAUUACUGUGUCCCUGAUAUCCUCACCAGGUUCAUCCAGUCCCACAUGCCCGAGGCUCAGUUGAAGGGGAAGAUGGGGGCGGACCUGGUCUACGCCCUGCCCCCCUUCGGAGCCCAGCAUGCCGAUGCUUACCGAUCCCUCCUGAGCCAGCUAGACAGGUGCCUGGACACCCUACGGCUCAGCUGCUAUGGCAUCUCCGAAACCACUCUGGAGGAGGUCUUCCUCCAAAUGACAAAGGACAAUGAAAACAAGGACACAGCCUGGUCGAACACGCAAAUGGUGGUCCAGGUCCCCGAAGACGCCGCCAGUAGCUAUAACGUCAGUGACAGACAAGCCCUGACUGGCUCCUCCUCUCUCGGGGGGCCCCGCCUCUUCGCACAGAAGGUGGUGGGGAUGCUGUUGAAGAGGAUCCACCACUCACGAAGGGACUGGAGGGGCCUGCUUGCCCAGGUCAUACUGCCCGUGUUGUUCGUCAUCGCUGCCAUGGGGAUGGGCACCAUCAAGAAUGGGAUCCAGGAAUAUCCCGAAAUAAAUCUCUCACCUGCCUUGUACGGAUACGACAGCCAGUCUGUCUUCUUUGGGCUUAGAAACCCCAGUGCCAGUGAUCUGGUCUCUAAGAUGAUGUCAUUUCCUGGAAUAGACAACUUCUGCUUGUAUAACCCUGGGAAUGACCAAUGUCUGAAUAAAGAGGGGUCCGGAGACUGGAUUUCAAGUGGAAAAGCUCCUGUGUCAUACAAGCCAUGUGACUGCAAUACUACUGUUCAGCUCUGCCCAAGAGAUGAUUAUGUACCCCCUCAUAAAAAGGCCCCCUCCUUGCAAACAGUGUACAACCUGAGUCAAUUGAAUGUAGAAAACUACCUACUCUCUACAGCAAACAGCUUCAUCCAGAACAGGUAUGGUGGCUGGGUCUUCGGCGGUCCUCUCCCAGUUGAUCUCCGGAUGGAUUUUGACCCUGUGCCAGCAAACAGGACGUUGACAAAGGUCUGGUACAACCCUGAAGGAUACCACACGAUGCCAGCCUAUCUGAACAGCCUUGAUAACUUCAUUCUUAGGGCUAACCUGCCCCCUGGUGUGGAUCCACAGAAGUACGCUAUUUCUGUGUACAGCCAACCAUAUAAAGGAGGCAUCCUAGAUGAGGAUACUGUGGUUCACAGUCUGGUGGGCGUGCUGGUCGCCCUCUGCGUCCUCACGGGAUACUCCAUCAUGACAGCCAACUUUGUUAUUUACGAGGUCAUGGAGUAUCAGACGGGUGCCAAGCGUCUCCAGCACAUUUCUGGCGUUGGGGAGAUCUUCUAUUGGAUAGUCAACUUCAUGUAUGAUAUGACGCUGUACCUGAUCCCGGUAGCCUUGUCCAUAGCUGCCAUUGCUGCCUUCCAGCUGCCCGCCUUCAGUAAUGGACAGAACCUGGGGGCUGUGUCUCUGCUGCUGGUGCUGUUUGGCUUCGGGACGUUCCCGUGGAUGUAUCUCCUGGCUGGUACCUUCAAGAAUGCGGAGAUGGCUUUCAUCUGUUACGUCUCCAUCAACCUCUUCAUCGCCAUCAACACCAUCAUCUCCACCUCGGUGGUCUACUUCCUGUCUGAGCUGAAGAAAGACGACCUCAACAUUAAAGAGGUGUACCGUGUGAUGAGCUGCGUGUUCCUGAUCUUCCCGCAGUUCAGCUUCGGGAACGGCCUGAUGGAGCUGUCCCGCAUGCAGUUACAGGUGGAUAUUCUGGCUGUGUUCGGGAUCGACAGCUAUAAGAGCCCCUUCAGCAUGGACGUCCUCGGGUGGAUGUUUGUAUCGCUGGCCGUCCAGGGCAGCCUCUGCUUCCUGCUGAGGCUGCUGCUCAACACCUGGCUGCUGCGCAAGAUGAGGAUCUUGAUGUGCAGGAUGAGAGCAGUAAUGUUCCAUGCUCCAGAUGAGGACCCCGAUGUGAAGGCAGAGCAGGACAGAGUGGACAGCGGUCAAGCCAGCGGAGACCUGCUGCAGCUCAACAAGCUUUGCAAACUGUAUCAGAACAUCCACAAGAAAGUGCUGGCGGUCAAUAACAUCUCUGUGGGCAUCCCUGCUGGAGAGUGCUUUGGGCUGCUCGGUGUGAACGGAGCAGGGAAGACAACCACCUUUAAGAUGCUGACGGCCGAGAUCUUCCCUUCCAAUGGAAACGCACUCGUCAAGAACACGAACGGGAGCACAGUGGACAUCAUGGACGGCAGCAUGGAAGGGAUCAGUAUUGGCUACUGCCCGCAGGUGGAUGCUCUGGAUGACCUGCUGACAGGAGAGGAGCACCUGUACUACUACGCCAGGAUCCGCGGCAUUCCCAGCCAACAAAUUCACAGCGUGGUGAUGCACCUCCUUCAAAGACUGGAGCUCCUUCCUCACAAAGACAAGCCCACCUGCCAAUACAGCUGUGGCACCAAGAGGAAGCUCUCCACUGCCCUGGCUCUCAUCGGAUCCCCUCAGAUCCUACUGCUGGAUGAACCAAGCUCUGGGAUGGAUCCCAAAUCCAAACGUCAUCUCUGGAACAUCAUUUCAGAGGAACUGAAAGAGAAGUGUGCCGUGGUUCUAACCUCCCACAGCAUGGAAGAGUGCGAGGCGCUCUGCACCAGAGCGGCAAUAAUGGUGAAAGGACGAUUCAGGUGUCUUGGUUCUCUACAGCACAUCAAGAACAGAUUUGGAAGUGGCUUCACUGUGAAAAUGCAUCUCACAUCAAACAGCCUGGAAGUGGAACACAUCACCACGUUCAUGCAGUCUCACUUCCCAAGCACUUUCUUGAAGGACCACCACUCUGGCACGCUGGAGUACCAUGUCCCUGUGGCUCCGGAGGGCAUCGCUGAUAUUUUUGACCAGCUGGAGCGCAACAAAGCAUCUCUGAGCAUCAAAAACUUUUCUGUGAGCCAGACCACACUGGAUGAGGUCUUCAUUAACUUUGCCAAAGAGUCGAGCGUGGAGGAAUCUGAAGCCAGCAGUGAGCUGAGCGUUCAGUCUGUGAACGCAUAGCACAGUGAAGCGGAAGUCGUCUCUACACCCCUCAAUACAAACAAGGGAACUCAUGAUUGACUCCCUUUUUUAUGCAAUACUUGAUCACAUUUGUUAUUUUUUGACUGAAUUUUUUCUUACUGUAAUUAAUUGUUUUAAGUUGUUUAGAAAUGCUGUACCAUAUUUGAGAUUGCACUUUGGAUCCUCGUGAUGAGUACUGGGGUGCUUCAAAACAAGGCUACUGGAAAUACAUCCAUGCAUGCAGAAGCACUAUUUAAUCAACCCAAAGAAUACUAACAACAUUACUGCUCUUAUUUCCGUUAUUUACUUUGACAAUUGAAUUGCAAAGAAAGAAGCCUGAGAAUCAAUCAAUGAAUGAAUCAAUAAUACUUAUUCAGGAUAUUUUAUUUUAUUUUUUUUAAGAUGUGAUAAUUUUUCCAUUUGUAUUUCAAUUAAUUUAACCAUCUUAAACUAUAAAAAUAAUGACUGGAUAUCCCUUUUAAAAAGUUUGCUGCACUACACAAAGUUUAAUAUUGCAUUGAUGUACUACUGUGAUAGAAUGGUAAGCAGUGGAAAAGCCUGAUAAAUACAAUAUACAAUGGCAAGUUUUUAUAAGGGAGUAUAUUACUUAAUAUUCCACAUGUAUAUUGAUUUGUAGUAACAUACUGUUAUGCUUGAUUAAUUACUGCUCAGUGAUUUUUGUAAAGCUAUUUUUUCAGGGCAGAAGACCUGCAUUUAUUACCUCCUCUAGUGCAUGGGCAGUAUGGUUUAAAACGUGCCUAUGCCAUGUAUCCACACAGUCUGUUUAUCACAAACAUUAGGAAGCUGCUGCAUUGGCAAAGCACUCCUGCACAUCAAUCUUGAUAAAUGUGUUCUCAAAUAGAAUCCAGACUGGAACCUGAUUCAAACUUCCAUUCGGGAAUCCUCGCAGCACUCCAGUGUUUCAGCAUUCCCAACACCUGCUACAACCCUGCUAGUUUUGCUUGAUAUUUUUAACUAAUUAUUUAUGAUAUACUGUGACAGUUAUUGCAGAAAGUAUAUUUUAUUCAACACAAAAUAUGUAUUUUUCAAAAAGAUUUAAAUACAGUGUCAGUUAUUUGUGUGUGUCCAUAU